AUGCCCCCCUCGAAAGCCGCCCGGGGCGGUCAGGACGAUUCCAAGAUCGACAACCUCCCGACCGCCAAAGAAAAGAAUGGAAGUGGCGGUGGAACGAAGAUGAGGCGUGUUGCCAGCAGUGCGGGUUCCAACCUGCGCGAGGUGACAAACGCCAGUUCUACGGCCACUGCUAUUGCUACUGUCCCCGACGCGGCAGCCAACGCACAAGAGGCCAGCGCCCCAGGUCUACAAUGGCCCGCUUUCGAGAGAGAGGUCCUCCACGCCUACCGCCGAGCAUACCGUCUCAAGACACCAACCGCCUUCGUCAGCGACCACCACGAAUGGGUACUGACCCAACCGGGGAGCAUCGGCCUCUACUCCCCGACCAUCGCACAACGCAAGGAAGUCCGGAGGCAGAACAAAGACCAGUUGACCAAUGUCGUGCGGAAGCACUUCAACGGCCUGGGCGUGCAGGAAAACGACAUCAUUGUCGAGUUCCUCCAUAAAGUGCGGAGCCAAGGGGUGACGAAGGGAAAGCCGCAACGACGCGAGUAUAUACAUCCAGUCGCUGAGCGAUGA